UGUUAGCUGCCCUGAGUCCCUCGGGAAUAGGGCGGCCUACAAGUGUAAUAAACAUUGAACAUUGAAUAUUGAAAGCUCAGAAGAUAAAACCUUUGGUCCCAGUAACCAAGCCAGAUUGGUUCCAGAUAUGUGUUACUGGUUCCAUCACAAUCCAUAAUUCUAUGGAUGGAUUAUAGAUUUUCCCUUGCUUUUGUCAACAGGGUGAUUCACAUAGCCAUAUUUUGCAAUGUUUGCAUUAUUUGGGAGAAAUUUUGUUUACCCUCUAUCUUCGUGCCCAUUCACAGGCUACCUCUAGGUGCUGCGGCCCACAAGCCCAGUAAUGGAUUCACUACCAGUUCUUAUCAUUCACUCGUAGCACUGGUUGAGGAGGAAACCUGUUGUAUUCUGAGCAGGCGCUGACUAAGAGUUUAAGCGGGAAAGCGCUCGACAGCUGAUUGGCUGAUCGUUUGACAGCUCCUGUAUAAAUAGGGAGCUGUCCAAACGAGCAGCGCGCGUUACUAUCUAAGCCGGUUCUGAACUGUUAGCUUGUACUUAAUGGAAUAAACUUGUUAGCCUUUAUUCCUGCCUCCGCCUCAGUCCUUCUGGCUACCCACAGGUCCUUGGUACACACCACUGGCGACGAGGAUGGGAUCGCCAAACUGAGGUGCGAGAAGCUGAAGUCACUCACUGCUGAAGUCACUGGCUGAGUCACUAGAACCGCGCUUAAUCUUACCGCGACGAGACGUCGCUGGCUCUGACAGGAAUGGCCACGUUAAAUUUCGCGCCAUUCAACUAUGGCUCUGAGACAUGGGAGUCUUAUACGGCUCGGUUUGAAUGUUUCCUGGUCGCACACGACCUCACCGAGUUGACGGACGAGCGGAAAUGCACGUUUUUCUUGUCCGUCUGUGGCACAGACGUUUUCCACACCGCCAGGGCUCUCACAGCUCCUGAGCCCAUCAAGGCCGUUCCGUGGCCCAUGCUGAUGGCAAAGCUGACGAGCCAUUAUGCUCCGUCCCCGUCCAAAAUAGCCCGCCGGCACGCGUUCCACCAGCGCAGCCAAGCUGAGGGGGAGUCCGUUAGCGCAUACGUUGCUGCCCUACGAUCUGCCGCCCUCCACUGCGAGUUCCGGGAUUUGGAUGAAGCUCUCCUCGACCGCCUGGUGUGUGGCCUCCGAGACCUCAAGCUUCAGAAGCGGCUACUAACAAAAACAGAUCUGUCGUUCCAAACCACAUUUGACGAAGUUCGGGCUUCCGAGAUGGCUGCUGCUUCCCUAGCUACCAUCGCGAAGGCCCAGUCCGCCAAUACCGCGCAGGCUGCCAAUGCCUUUAACACAGUGACCGGUCCGCCAGACUCGGAAAGUGAGGAUUCCGAUGCUGACACCCAUGAUGAGGACAUUAACCGCCUUGAUGAGGCGAACAGAAAGAGCUGGCAACGGCAGAAGGGCAAACCUAAAUCUGCAUGUAGUGGGUGCGGAGGCAACCAUGAAAGAGCUGAGUGCAGAUUCAGGCAAGCCCUCUGCCAGCGGUGUGGCAGGAAGGGCCACAUCGCUCGGGUGUGCCGAGCAGCGCAGCCCAUGUCCUCUUCAGAGCCCCAAGCCGAGCGGUCUCGGCCAUAUCGAACCCGGACAGAGGGCCCCAAGAAAGCUAGAAUGAACUGCCAUGCCAUUCUCCGCAACUCUAACCACGGUCUCUCUUGCCACCAUCUUCAAAAGAAGAUCCAGCUGACAGUUACGUUAGAAGGGAAGCCCUGUGAGAUGGAGCUUGACACCGGUUCCGCAACGUCCAUAGUGUCUUGGAGCACAAUCAAACACCUCUUGCCUCAGCUGUCCAAACGCCAAUUACAAGACUGUCAUCUCACAUUAAGAGACUAUCAGGGCAACCUGAUUCCAGUAAUUGGCACCCGUAAAGUCAGAGUGCAGUUCAAGGGGUUUGACGGCUGGUUACCCCUCAUCAUAGUCAAGGGACGGCUGCCCGGCCUUCUUGGUCUUGACUGGUUCCAGUCCCUAGGUCUGCAGAUCAGCGGAAUCCACCACCUCAGCGCAACUGCACUCGAUUGCCUCGUCAACGAGUUUCCAGCUGUAUUUGACGGCACCUUAGGCAAGUACACAGGCACACCUGUUUCGUUUAACCUCGACCCGUCAGUACAGCCGGUGCGAAUGAAGCCUCGCCGAGUACCCAUCGCACUCAAACCAAAAGUGGACGCCGAGUUGGACAGGCUGGUGGCUCAAGGCGUCCUGGAGCCAGUGGACCAUGCCCGGUGGGAAACACCCAUUGUGUUACCCAUCAAGCCAGACGGCAGCAUGAGGAUUUGCGCUGACUACCGCUGCUCGAUUAACCGUGCCUUGCCUUCCAAUGCGUACCCGGUGCCAGUGGUCCAGCAUUUACUCCACACCUUGGGCGAAGGGACUGUUUUCGCAAAGCUCGACCUCGCCCAAGCUUAUCAACAGCUGGUGGUGGAUGAUGAGGCAGCGGAAGCACAGACAAUCAUCACACACCGGGGCGCUUUCCGUUGCCGCAGAUUGCAGUUUGGGGUCAAUUGCCCAGGCCUGUUCCAGAGUUUGAUGGAGCGGUUGCUCCAAGGACUCCGAGGCGUUGUCCCCUAUUUUGACGACGUCCUCGUGUCAGCCACCUCCAUGGACGAACUCAUGGCCCGUCUGCGCUUGGUUCUCCAACGAUUCCAACAAGUGGGGCUGAAGGUCAAAAGAGAUAAGUGCCAGGUUGCGGUAUCCCAGAUAGAGUUCCUUGGCUUCCUUAUCGAUGGCAGUGGCAUCCACCCCACGGCUGCCAAAACCAAAGCCAUCGUGGAGGCCCCUGCUCCCACCAACAGAGCUGAAUUACAGGCCUUUUUAGGCCUACUCAAUUUUUACGCUGUCUUUCUUCCCCACAAGGCAACGGUAGCUGAGCCACUUCAUCGCCUCCUAGACUCAGGUGCCCCCUGGGUUUGGGGCCGCCGAGAGGCCUCCGCGUUCCUAGCUGUCAAACACCUGCUCAUCUCCAACGAUGUUCUCGUACAAUACAGCGAGCACUUGCCUCUCGUGCUCGCUUGUGACGCUUCCCCCUACGGGGUGGGAGCCAUCCUUUGCCACCAGUUACCCAGCGGAGCAGAGGUGCCAGUUGCGUAUUUUUCCCGCACACUCUCUGCCUCUGAACGUAACUAUGCCCAAAUUGACAAAGAGGCUCUUGCCAUUGUGGCUGGGGUGCGCCGUUUCCACCAUUACUUGUACGGCCGCCCCUUCCAAAUUGUCACCGAUCACAAGCCCCUACUCGGGUUGCUGGCCGGCGAUCGCCCUGCCCCUCAGGUCCUAUCCCCACGCAUGACCCGCUGGUUUGUUUUCCUCGCCUCCUAUGACUACCAGUUGCACCACCGGCCGGGGAAGCAGAUCGUCCACGCCGACGCUCUCAGCCAUUGCCCUCUGCCAGAGGCCUUGGAAGACCCUGCUGCUGCCGCACCUGUGUUCCUUAUAGACGACCUCAACCUUCCACUCUCUGCCGCCGACAUCGCCCGGUUGUCCGCAAGGGAUCAGGUAAUAUCCCGGGUGCUAGAUUGGGUUAGGCGAGGGUGGCCGAGAGACCCCGUAGACCCCGUUUUCCUGCCCUUCAAGUCACGCCUGGCGGAGCUCUCUGUCCAGCGCAGCUGUUUACUAUGGGGCCAUAGAGUAGUCGUGCCUGCCUCACUGAGGACUACUGUCCUGCGGCAGCUGCAUUACGCACAUCCCGGAAUUGUCCGGAUGAAAGCCCUAGGCAGGAGCUACGUCUGGUGGCCCAAGCUUGACCAAGACAUAGCCGACCAUGUCGCCGGGUGCUCGCAAUGCCAGAGCGCCCAAGCAUUGCCGCCGAAAGCCGAGCCGCGAACGUGGGAGCCCCCAUCCACUCCCUGGUCCCGGGUUCAUGUUGAUUUCGCAGGCCACAUUCAGGGCCAGAUGCUAUUCAUUGCUGUGGACGCCUUCUCGAAAUGGGUCGAGGUCGUCCACAUGUCCUCCACCACGGCGGACGCGCUCAUCGCGACCCUGCGCCACCUGUUUGCCACCCAUGGCCUACCCGACGUGUUGGUCUCUGAUAAUGGGCCACAGCUGAUAGCCGCCAAGUUUGAGGCCUUCCUAGCUUCCCUAGGCAUUCGACAUGCCCUCACCUCCCCUUUCCACCCCUCCAGCAAUGGCCUGGCGGAACGCGCCGUGCGGUCAGUCAAAGAAGCCCUAGCCAAAAUGGACCACCUCCCCUGGCAAGAACGCAUUGACGCCUUCUUGCUGGCCCAACACUCCACGCCCUCACCUGACUCCAAUACGAGCCCAGCCGAGCUCCUCAUGGGACGCCGGUUGCGAACAACCCUUGACCGGUUGCAAACAACCCUUGACCGGUUGCACCCUGCCUAUUCCACCCCAACACCUUUGGAUUCCCAGGGAGGGUCCCGCUCCUUCGUCCAGGGGGAGGCAGUGUAUGCCCGGAAUUAUGGAGGGCAUCCCUUGUGGCUACCGGGCAUAGUGACUGACCAGACCGCGCCCUGCUCCUACAGGGUCAGGCUCCUCGACGGCAGAGUAUGGAAACGCCACUGCGACCAGUUGCGGAGCAGGCAUCAACCACCAACAAGCCAGCAGCCGUCAACCGACCUGCCAACUCCGACAGCUCCGAUGGGCGACGCAGAGCCCAGAAACGAGGAGGCCUACAGAGGUCAAGCAGCCGGAGCCCCAAACCGAAGCGGCGACUUACUUGGUGGGCCAGCACCGUCCUUCGCUCUUCAACGGCCCGGGCGGUCUCCGUCCUCCGAUGCAGAGUCCUCGGGCGAACAUCCAGAGCCUCCAAGCGGUGCAGAAGGGCCUAGGGCAUCUGGCCGCAUCAGGCGGCGUCGAGCAUAUUUACAAGACUACGCUUGCGCAAACUUAGGGGGGAGGAGUGUUGUAUUCUGAGCAGGCGCUGACUAAGAGUUUAAGCGGGAAAGCGCUCGACAGCUGAUUGGCUGAUCGUUUGACAGCUCCUGUAUAAAUAGGGAGCUGUCCAAACGAGCAGCGCGCGUUACUAUCUAAGCCGGUUCUGAACUGUUAGCUUGUACUUAAUGGAAUAAACUUGUUAGCCUUUAUUCCUGCCUCCGCCUCAGUCCUUCUGGCUACCCACAGGUCCUUGGUACACACCAACAGGGUGAUUCACAUAG